ACGACGACGAGAAAGCCGCGAAGGACGACGAAUUCCGCGCACAAGUACGACGACGAAGCCGCGAAGGUCGAUGCCGCGCAAAGUACGACGACGAGAAAGCCGCGAAGGACGACGAAUUCCGCGCACGAGUACGACGCCAAAGCCGCGAAGGUCGAUGCCGCGCACAAGUACGACGACGAGAAAGCCGCGAAGGACGACGCAUUCCGCGCACAAGUACGACGACGAGAAAGCCGCGAAGGACGACGAAUUCCGCGCACGAGUACGACGCCGAAGCCGCGAAGGUCGAUGCCGCGCAAACGUACGACGACAAGAAAGCCGCGAAGGACGACGCAUUCCGCGCACAAGUACGACGCCGAAGCCGCGAAGGACGACGAAUUCCGCGCACAAGUACGACGCCGAAGCCGCGAGGGAGGUGCCGCGCAAAGUACGACGACGAGAAAGCCGCGAAGGACGACGCAUUCCGCGCACAAGUACGACGCCGAAGCCGCGAAGGUCGAUGCCGCGCAAACGUACGACGACAAGAAAGCCGCGAAGGACGACGAAUUCCGCGCAAACGUACGACGAAGAGAAAGCCGCGAAGGACGAAUUCCGCGCACUAUGCCACCUAUGCCCACCUAUGCCCACCUAUGCCCACCUAUGCCACCUAUGCCACUUAUGCUGUCUUCGUCCCUUUUUCCUGGUGCUGUCCAUCACUUUCCGCCGUUACUGCCGUCGUCUCCAUUUGCUCCGCUUUUUUUCUUCUUGUUUUCCGGUGUCUGUUUGCGUGCGUUCUGCUGGGAGCGUACUCUGUUGUUCGGUGGUGUCUGGCGGUUUCCGCCUUCGUCGGGCGUUGGGGAGCGGUCCGGCCAUCCCAGUGGAUGUUUCUUCGAGGUAAAGGCAGGAUUGAGUUGGCAGUGGCAGUGGCACUGCUACAGCCACCGGGGGUUGAAGGGAUGUGGGGGGGCACAUGGGGAUAGCGAUGAUGG